AUUAGCCAGAGUCCGAAUUGUUUCCUGUCCUCACUAGAUUGUUGCACUGUUGUUUGUUAUGUUGUUUUAUCGACUAUAAAUAAACAUUACUAAUACUAUGACUAUGAUGUGCCUGCUCAACUGAACUUGCAAAUCCAAAAUGUCAAACCGUGAAAAUGAAGUGAAUUGUCCAUAUUGUGAUGUAAGAAUUCGGACAAACAGAAUUCAGAUACAUUUGUUAAAAUGUCAGAAGCACCAUGGUAACGAUAAAGAAUAUGUAACAUGUACAUUUAACGCUUCUCACAUUGUUCAGAAACAUGAAUUAAGUCGUCACCUAGCAACAUGUCCAAAUCGAGCUGUGGUGGAUAGAGUGGUUGAUUAUGAAAAUGAUAAAAUGAGUAAUAAUAAUGGUGGUAAGAAGCUGUUAAAGGGGUGUACAGAUGUACCACCUUAUAAUACGUAUGAAAUACCCUGUACAGAAGAUUGGGAUGAUGACACGCCUCCAGAAACUCCAUUUGGUAUUUUUAUUCCAACACAUAUUCAUAAACAAUACAAUAAAACAGCCAGUCUAGUUGGGAUGGUCCAACAUGAUUCUGAUAUUGGUAACCGACAGGAAGAUGAAUCCAAAAUACAGAGAAAUAUGGAUGCUGUGAGAAAACCUGAUAUCCGCCCCAAAUAUAGAUCAAGAGUAUUUCAGUAUUCCGUGGCAGCCGCCUCAACCGACAGAGGAAAUGUAUUCCAAGGAGAAAAUAGACCAAACAGCCAGUCCUUGUCAUCCAGCUUAGAGCCCAAUACACAAAGUACAGAGACUGUUAGUUCAAGACCCAGUAAAACCCACAAGCUGAUGGAGUUGCUUUCUUUGACUACAAAAUCAAAUGACGAUGAAGAGGAUUCCCAGACAUUGAAUGAUAGUGUUGAAACCAUUCCCGACAUUUCAACGAACAGAUGUCUGGAAGAAAUGCAGGGUGUUGGGCGAGGUUUCUGGAAGUAUAACAGUCCGGUAUAUGGGCGUGGUCACAUGGUCCAUCACAUGACUGAUCAUAUGACAGAUGAUGUCCAAUCAGCUUCUACAACAGAAGCAACAUUAACAGGAGUCGGUAGGGGAGCUUGGAUUAAGAAUAAUCCAAAUCCUCAAAAAGAAGUUGAGAUGGACGGGAGCAAACAAGAUGUUGGUUGUCGGAUCCAAGAUAAACCUACCAUUACUAUCGGAAACAAUCAAAUUCAACAGGCUGGUGUCGGACGAGGUGCCAUGCUUCUCAAACAACUUAAUCUCAAUUCACAAAAUACUGAGGAAAAAGGGACAGAUCAGUCAUCACAAGGACUCCAGAGCUGUAAUACACCUCAACAAAAACAAUCCAAUAAAUUUCCAACUUGUUCUGUAUCUGGAUUCGGAAGGGAUGUGCAGCAAGAUGAGAAUGAAAUGAUAGACUUGCCGGCAUUUCUGGAAAAGCCCAUAUUAGGUAUUGGACGAGGAGCUCGACUUUUAAACGGAAAUCAGGAUCCCAAUUUCUUUCCUCCGUCUGGGAUUAAAUCACCCAACUUUACAACAGACGAGGCGUAUUUUACAGACAGUUCUGUAUCCAGUAAUGAGUAUUUUGAAACUGCUAAGAAACUGACAGAGAUUAAUUGAAAUAAUAAGAGAAGGUAAAAAAUUAACUGAAUGUGAGAAUUCUUCACCAUUCUCCCAUACAGUGUUGUCUUCUCCUGCAGUUCACAGUAGCCUCUGCUAACAGUUCACUUUACUACAGACCAAGAUUCUUGGUAUUCACCGGACAAUAAUAAACAAUUGGAUAAAACAGUGGCACAAAGUGGUAUGGUGAUGGCCACAGGCUAGCUUCUCGAUUGUACGUCCCCUAGACUCAUGGAUAAGGUUUAGUACUCGCAAAUAUAAAAAAGGAAGACAUUUUAAACAUAUGAAUUAUAUAAGACAACUUAUACAAUAAGGUUAACAGUGGUAAUUUCAAAACAAUUAAUUUCACCAUUUGAUUGGAUACCUGAGAUUGUCACCACCUCUGCACGCCACCGAGAUGAAAACCAAAUAACAGAUGAUAUUUUGAUAUUUCUGUUACUAUUAUAUAAUCUUUUACUAUGAUAUAACCUGUGACUAUGAUCUAAUGGUUGAAUGGGAGAAUGAAUGUGAUGUGUCCAUAUCGAUUACUGUAGCUAUAAUGUAUAACCCUCCAAAACAAAAACCGUCUUUAUUCUUGGGAUUGGGAUUGGUCAAAUGGUUUAACCCAUAAGGUCUGUCAUUGAGUCAAGUGGCGUGAUUUCAAUUCCCCGCUUGUAUGCGACAAGUAGGGUCGCCUGUCCAACUUCCUGGGUUUUCUCUGGUCCCCUCCAAAUGCUAAAACCCCCUACACGCAAGUGAUUAUUGAAAUAAAAUUACAUCAUAUGUUAGUACCGAAAUGACCUAGUUUGUGUCGUGUGGAUGUUAAACCCCAUUUCUUUCUCUAUUCUUUGGGUCAAAGUUUGUUCUUGUAUAUAAUCUUGUAUUUUGAUAAUAUCGUAACCAUAUAUAUUGCAUGUAAUUAAUAAGAGUCAUAAAAAAAUGAUUUAGCAAAUGUAAGAUUUUCAAGACGUCUCCCAUCUAAUCAUGGUAGGGUGACCUGUGCACUGUACAGAAAGUUGGUCUUGACACGGCGAAUGUACACGCUUUAGUGACUUAUCUCGAAGUGAUUUCUCACAUACACUUACUAUGAUAACACUCAGCGGAAGAGUCUAUGAUACUAUAAAUAUCCAUCGCACAUGCAAUUUUCUACACAUCUAUCAACUAUUACAGCCGAAAAAAAUCUAUUGUUGACGAUUCUGAAUAGUAGUAAUAUUUAGCUUAUUGGUUAUUACAGCAGCUUUAGAAAUUACGUUCGUUUUAUUUUUUAAAUUGCUUUAUCAUUUGUUUAGUACAAAUAAUAUCUCUGAAAUACUUGUGUUGGGCAAGAACAUGAUACAAGCAGUAGUUUCAUUUUAAUUUUACAAGGUUCUUAAAACAAUUGUUGAGUUGCCCAACGUGCGUGUUUCUUAAUUCAAUUUAUUGUUCCAGCUUUCUUUUAUGUUUCAUAAAAAAGUAGUCUUGAUUAUCCCGGCCUGUUAAUCAAACGUAGAAUGGUCGGUAAACGGGUUAAGCGAGACUACUUUCAAAACAAGGGCACGUAACCUAUUUUUACUCACAUGUGCUCGGAUGUUAUGACCGACACUCGGAACCAUCUUUCAGUGUAUUAUUUAUGGAUGAUUAAAUGGUCAUAGCUUAUUAAGUACAGCAUGACCGUUUAUUUAGUGACUAUAAAUGUUUGAAGCUGAUUUAAGGCUUGGUGUAUGUAAUAGUUAUUAGCACACUUUCCUCGGUGUAUCGGUGAAUAUCAGGACAGUUUUGGUCGAGGGGCCCAGCCGAGGCAGCUCCCGACCAAAUCUGUCCUGAAUGAUUUUGCAGUGGAGAGAUGACCUGAGUAGUAUUUACACCUGCGCCUUGCUAUGAUACUCUGAGCGUAAAACAAUCACGUGUUUGUUUAGACCACAUCGUCAAAACAACAUGUCUAUGGCGUAGAGGACUGCGAUAUUAUUAAAUGUUGUGUAAAGGAAAUGCGAAACGUGGGUCAUUCCUGGUGAAAGUAUGCAUCGGCGGAUGGUUCUUCUGUUGAAAUUUAUAUGUAAUAAAGUUUAUGACUUUCUAGGCGUUUAUUAUCGAGUCUGUUUUAUGUUUCAACCGAAAACUGACAAAUACUUUCUGCUCUUUCAUUUAUCCCUUUCUGAGACUCGCGUUACAUUUCAUGGUAGAAUGAUUUUGCAGUGGAGAGAUGACCUGAGUAGUAUUUACACCUGCGCCUUGCUAUGAUACUCUGAGCGUAAAACAAUCACGUGUUUGUUUAGACCACAUUCCUGGUGAAAGUAUGCAUCGGCGGAUGGUUCUUCUGUUGAAAUUUAUAUGUAAUAAAGUUUAUGACUUUCUAGGCGUUUUUUUUUUCAUCCUGCUUAUUUUCAAUGCCUGUGAAGUGUCCAGCAAGAGAACUGCGCCUUCUAUCAUCACAAUUAAUUAAAAUAAUUAUUCAAUAUUCUAAUUUAUAUAUUUUGCAUAUUAAUAUAAAUCAAACCAAAUUAUGAAAUAGAUGCCAAUUGAUAUGUAUAAUAAUUGAUUUUUGUAAUAUGUUGUUAUGUUAAUUUAAUGUCAUUGUAUAUGUUUUUGAACUGCCAUGUAGUUCCCCCCGGUUUGUUUUGUUACUAUGAUUUUGACUAGUUGUUUCAUGUACAUUAUCCUUGUGCAUUGUAUAGAGCCAUCUUAUCAAUUGCGAUCUGGGUCGGACUAAAUGAACAGUACUCUUUCUGUAUAUUUCUGAUACACCGAUACUUUUAAGCAUGUAUUGAAAAUAAACAGGACAGUUUUAUCAAAGGUUGCCAGUGGCAACGAGUAGAAGUGGGAUGUAAAUAUAGAUAUUGUGGUGUAAUUGUCAAGAUAUUUGAAGAUAGUUAUUUAUGGUGGGGCACCCUAAUCAUGGCAUCAAUCUUUCGCAUAGGGAAGAAAUGUAAGAUAAUUGCUGCCAUAUUUUAUUCUAAUAAUAUGAUAGGCACAUUAUUGGGUUGUUGAGUGGCUGAGUACAUGAGAGGAACCGAGGACAAUAACAAGACAGGGUUAAUAUAUUCUGAUAUUUUAAUAAAUCUUCAUAACAAAUUAUGUAUAUUUGUAACAUAAAUAUAUCAAUAAAUAAAUGUUGUACAUGUAAAAAAUCACCAUGAAAUAAAUAAAAGUUUCAAUAUUUACAAUAAAUCCAGUUAUAAUUUCAAUGUAAUUAAUUAAUGAUAUGAAAAAUGCUGAUGAUUCAAACUAUAAAUAAUAUUAUCAUCAGUUCUACAACUAACACUUUAAGUGGUCUAGCUGUGUUUUAAUUCUGAUGUUAUGAUUAUACUCCAGUGAAAAUGUCCAUUGUACUGUAAAAUGAACUAUAAAUAAACGAACCAAAUUUGUAAUCUAAAUUGUAUUAGAUCGCCAUUUUUUUUUUU